AUGACCUUUGAGACAUACAAUGAGUCGGGAAAAGCCAUCUUCGGCGAUAACCCACAACUAGAUCUAAUACACCAGAACCCCGAGUAUCCUUUCGCUCACGAGGCCGGUGUCUUUAUCCCAGAAGAGAAUGCCUUAUUCAUUACGAGCAAUCAAUUCGACGAUACCACAUCUGGAAAAAAGAGAAUUCAAAUAAGCAAGGUGAAGCUCUCUACAGACGGAGUGGCGCUGGGUUGCGAAGAGAUUGAUGCACCUGCGGUGCUAAUGGCCAAUGGUGGUGUUAACUACAAGGGGGGAGUACUCUUCUGUUCACAAGGAUCAAUGGAAUCACCAGGAGGGCUUGUUUUAAUGGAGCAAAAACCGCCGUACCGCUGUUCGACACUCAUCAGCUCAUUUCACGGCCGAGACUUCAACUCUGUUAAUGAUGUGGUUGUUCACUCCGAUGGGUCUAUCUGGUUUACAGAUCCAGUCUAUGGUUUUGAACAAGGAAUACGUCCCAAGCCAAGACUGCCGAGUCAGGUCUACCGAUACCAUCCUAGCAGUGAGUCAAUACGUGCCAUGGCAGAUGGAUUUGGCAGACCGAAUGGCAUCUGCUUCAGUCCCGAUGAGAAGGUUGUCUACAUAACGGAUACAGACUGGAUUCACGGUGAUGGAACAACUGACGACAGUCGUGUGUCACAUAUAUACGCUUUCGACGUCAGCACAUAUUCAGGUCAACCGUUUCUUAUUAAUCGCCGACUCUUUGCUAUGGCGGACACCGGCAUACCCGAUGGAAUCAAGUGCGACACGAACGGGAACGUCUACAGUGGAUGUGGCGACGGUGUGAAUAUCUGGUCCGCGGGAGGCGUCUUGCUGGGAAAGAUCCUUAUUGAGGGCGGUGUUGCGAACUUUUGUUUUGGUGCUAACGGACAGAUUUUCAUGCUCAACGAGUUCAAAAUUUGGCGAGCUCAGUUGGCUAGUGGUGUGAAAGGGGCAUUAUUAAGCAUUUAA